UGCGUGCUACAUAUAAUCGUUAUAUAUAUCCUAAGAAAAAUGCACAUGAAAAUGUUUUUCCUGCUCUUCUUCUUUGCUCUUCCUUUUGUCAUGGCCGACCUGCAGGUUGGUUUCUACAAACCCACCUGUCCACAAGCAGAAUCAAUUGUACGACAAGUGGUGCAAAAUGAAUUCACUGGGGAUCGAUCCAUAACCGCAGCCCUGCUCCGCAUGCAUUUUCACGAUUGUUUUGUCAGUGGUUGUGAUGCAUCCAUACUAAUAGAUUCAACCAAUAAAAAGCCAUCAGAGAAAGAGGCUGGCCCAAACCAGACCGUACGAGGAUACGAGGUUAUUGAUAAGGCCAAGAAACGCCUAGAGGAUGCAUGCCCUUCAACCGUUUCUUGUGCAGAUAUUAUUACUUUGGCUGUCCGUGAUGCGGUUGCUCUAGCCGGAGGCCCCAACUACACAGUGGCAACGGGAAGGCGCGAUGGAUUGGAGUCCAGUCCCAGUAAGGUGAUCUUGCCGGGACCAGAAAUCUCUGUGUCUGGGGCAUUGCAGAUGUUUUCUGCAAAAGGGAUGACCGGCAAUGAAAUGGUUACACUUUUGGGAGCACAUACGGUCGGAGUCGCGCAUUGCUUCUUCUUCAACGAUCGGCUUUCGAGUCCUGAUCCUACAAUGGAUCCUGCUUUGGUCGCCAAGCUCAAGAAGACCUGUGCGGGGAAUGAUGAGGCUACUGCAUUUUUGGAUCAAAGCAGGACGCCUUUUACUAUUGACAACCAGUACUAUAAACAGAUUCUUCUGAGAAGAGGAAUAUUGCAGAUUGAUCAGGAACUUGCAUUGGAUAAUUCAACUUCUCGUAUUGUGUCUGGUUUUGCAUCAAAUGGGAUUGGAUUCCGGCAGAGUUUUGCAAAAGCUAUGAUAAAGUUGGGGAACCUCCAAGUUCUUGUAGGAAAAGCAGGGGAAAUUCGAAACAACUGCAGAGCUUUCAAUCUGGCCAACAGAAAGGCAGCAAACUAGGGCCGUUUAAGAACUUAUAUCCAGUGUUUUCAAAUUAUUCGAAGCUGCAUCUUCGUUCGCUAAUCAGCGGAUCUUCACUUACCAAAAAAGAAAA